GGAUACACAUGCAGGGCUCCACUCAUUGCUGACCCCUUUCCUCUGCUUUCCUCUUCUUUUCUCAACAACAGAGCAGAUAAAGCAACGCAAAGCAAACCAACAGCACAACCACCUCUGUGGCUGUCCAUUCCUCUCAAUCCGCUUCCUCCGAUCCCCCCGGAACAUUCGCUGUAUUGAAGCAACCAAGCUCUCCUCCUCACCUCCCUGCUUCUCGCGAUCUGCUCUAGCAGAGAGUUGGAGAAGAAUGAUGCGGCUGACGCGUGAUUUUGGCACCAUGAUCGAAAAACCGGUAGUGCCGGGGAUGUCGGCUGAUGUGAUAUUUGCUUCCAGCCGCAAGUACAGGAUUGGGGCCUAUAAUCAGAUGUUUGACGCGAGAAAUGAUCCAAAGAUUACGUCCAUGAAGGAAGUUAUUGCCCGAGAGACAGCUCAGUUGCUUGAACAGCAGAUGCGAUUGUCAGUCCGUGACCUCGCCAGCAAGUUCGAGAGGGGUCUUGCUGCUGCUGCUAGAUUGUCUGAUGAGGCUCGACUCAGGGAGGCUGCUUCACUAGAGAAACACGUCCUUCUGAAGAAGCUUAGGGAUUCUUUGGAAUCUCUCAAAGGAAGAGUUGGCGGUGGAAAUAAGGUUGAAGUUCAAGAAGUUAUACAUAUGGUGGAAUCUUUAGCUGUCAAAUUGGCACAAAGAGAAGGGGAGUUAAUUCAGGAGAAGGCAGAAGUGAAGAAACUGGCCAAUUUUCUCAAGCAGGCCUCUGAAGAUGCUAAGAAACUCGUUAAUGAGGAAAGGGCCUUUGCACGAGCUGAGAUCGAAAGCGCUAAAGCUGCAGUUCGAAGAGUAGAGGAGGCACUCCGAGAGCAUGAACGUAACUCUCGAUCCCCAAGUAAGGAGGAAUUGGAAGAACUAAUGAAGGAGGUUCAAGAGGCAAGGCUGAUCAAAAUGCUUCAUCGACAGAGUAAGGUGAUGGACAUGGAACAUGAGCUUCAAGCUUUGAGGAGUCAACUUGCAGAGAAGACCAAGCGCUCAGUCGAGCUUCAGAAAAAGCUGGCAAUUAUCAAAAAAGGGGAGAGGAACACGCUCUUGUAUGAGCUGAAUGGUGCUGAAGCAUUGGGCUCUUAUUUGGAAAUUCAACCUUCCUCUGAUGAUGCCCCAGAGUUGUCGAAAUGUUCAAUUCACAUUCAGUGGUACCAGGUGUCUUGUGAAGGUGGAAAAAGGGAGCUUAUUUCAGGAGCUACUAAAGCAAUUUAUGCUCCGGAACCUUUGGAUGUUGGACGAAAGCUUCAAGCUGUUAUAGAUUCCAAUGGUUGGCAAGUUACAUUAACUACUACUGGUCCGAUCGAUCCAGCUCCCGGUUUAGGAAGUUAUGUGGAAUUACUUGUGCGCAAGCAUGAUACUGAAUUUAAUGUGGUCAUCACACAGAAGAAUGGCAUAGAGCAACCCUCAGAAUCUAUUCACGUCCUUCAUGUCGGCAAAAUGAGAAUGAAGCUUUCCAAAGACAACACAACCAUAGCCAAGGAAUUCUAUUCCAACUCAAUGCAGCUGUGUGGAGUUCGAGGGGGUGGGAAUGCUGCUGCUCAGGCAUUGUUCUGGCAAGCCUGCAGAGGAGUGUCCUUCAUAUUAGCCUUCGAAUCAGAGCGGGAGAGAAAUGCUGCUAUUAUGCUUGCAAGGAGGUUCGCUUUUGACUGCAAUAUCACACUCGUGGGACCAAAUGAUAGAUCCCCUGAAGGGACGGCAUAGACAGUUCCCUGAUUCAAUGCGUUUGUGAAGUGUAAUUAAGCUGAGUCCCGCUGGUUCCCAUGUAUCAUAAGCUUGCGAGAAUAUACUUGCCUCUGAAAUUGUUGCCUCACAUUCUUUCGUUUUUUGGUGUCCCUCGUAUUUUUUUGUUGAUUCACCUGCAUUUCGUCAUCCGGUUGACGAUGCACCCUUUUUUUUUUUUUCUUUUCUUUUCCUUGUUUUUUCUUUGUGUUUUUGGUCAUUGAUUUCUCCGAGUUGUAACAGAGUUCUGGGUCUGAGAGUUGUGCAGGUUUGUUAAGGCGUUUGUGAAUGAUACUAACAGCAGAUGAUUUGAUGAUUGUUGUUUACUAAA